AUGUCCACUGCUGAGGGUGAAUGUGGUGAAGAUGUUAUAGUUGGGGUCCGACAAAAGAGGGGUCGGGGAAAUAGUGAGAUUCUUGGCCCUGCGAUGAAGAGUUCACAUGUGCGGUUAUGUGGAGAAGACGGUAUGGAAGUUUCGCAUAACUUCUUUGUUCAAUUGCUGACCAAGGAUGGUUGGUUGGAUGACUCGAACAUAGACAUGGCCUUGUUUUUGCUACGGGAGCGGCACAAGAGCUCUGGCAACUGGGUAGGUUCUGACUGGACGAUACUGGACACCACUUUUCAGCACAACAAGGGUCUACUGGGAAUGGUAAAGGGUGAAGGACCUAAGUUGGCUAAAUCAUGGUUGUCUAUGAAUCGCGUUUGUUUGCCCUUCAACCUACAAAGGCAGAAGCACUGGAUCUUACUUGUUGUCGAUUUAAAAGAGUGUGAGAUAAGGGCAUAUGAUUCAAAAGUAGAUAUGUGCAGAACUCAAGCCAUCCAAUGGGCCGUGCAGCCGGUGGAGAAAAUGCUGCCCCGGUUGUUAAAGGAAUCUGGAUAUAUUGGCAAUGGUCUACUUCUGAAAACUGAGUGGCCAGUUAUUCGCGCCAUGGAUGCACCCCAACAAGUAGGCAGGGGCGACUGUGGGAUGUACAUCCUCAAAUACUGCGAGUUUCUGACCUCGAAUGUAGACCUGGCCAACAUUUCCCGUGACGCUAUGCCCUUCUAUCGGUUGAAGCUCGUUGUACAGUUGUUGCAGGGAUAUUGGUAG